AUGUUUAACUCGGUCAACCUGGGCAACUUCUGCUCGCCGUCGCGCAAGGAGAGGGGCGCGGAUUUCGGCGAGCGAGGGAGCUGCGCCUCCAACCUCUAUCUGCCCAGUUGCACUUACUACAUGCCCGAGUUUUCCACCGUCUCCUCCUUCCUGCCCCAGGCCCCUUCGCGCCAGAUCUCCUAUCCCUAUUCGGCCCAAGUGCCCCCGGUGCGGGAGGUCUCCUAUGGCCUGGAGCCGUCCGGCAAGUGGCACCCCCGGAAUAGCUACUCCUCCUGCUAUGCGGCGGCCGACGAGCUUAUGCACCGCGAGUGCCUGCCUCCGUCCACCGUCACCGAGAUCCUCAUGAAAAACGAAGGCUCCUACGGCGGCCACCACCACCCCAGCGCCCCACACGCAGCCCCCGCCGGCUUCUACUCGUCCGUCAACAAGAACAGCGUCCUGCCCCAAGCCUUCGACCGUUUCUUCGACAACGCCUACUGCGGCGGCGGAGGUGGCGGUGGCGGCGGCGGUGGAGGCGACGCGCCCGCCGAGCCCCCCUGCCCGGGCAAGGGUGAGGCCAAGGGGGAACCCGAAGCGCCCCCGGCGGCCUCGGGACUGGCGUCCCGGGCGCAUGCGGAGGCCGAGGCCGAGGAGGACAACACCAACCCCAGCUCGUCCGGGUCGGCCCACUCGGAGGCCAAGGAGACCUCGACCAAGGGAGCCGCCCCCAACGCCCCCCGCACCCGCAAGAAGCGCUGCCCUUAUUCGAAAUUCCAGAUCCGGGAACUGGAGCGGGAGUUUUUCUUCAACGUAUAUAUCAACAAAGAGAAGCGGCUGCAGCUGUCGCGGAUGCUGAACCUGACGGACCGACAAGUGAAAAUUUGGUUUCAGAACAGAAGGAUGAAAGAAAAAAAACUGAGCAGGGACCGGCUGCAGUAUUUUUCGGGAAAUCCGCUGCUGUAA